AUGGAAAUUAAACAAAAACUCCACUCCAGAAAUUCAAACACCAUAUUAAAUUCUCCCACAAAGCUUAAACUUAAGAAAUCCUAGAUAAAAAUACUAGGUUCCGUGGGAAGCAGCCGUGAAUUUACGAGCUAAAAGUUUUUCAAAACUUUGAAGUAAGGAAUUUCAAACCCUGAAUAAUUGAAAGGGGAUUCAGAUGAUGAUAAUUCAGACAAAUGCAAAGGAGUUCCACUGACAAAAAAUAUUGAUAAUUUUGCAUUCCAAACAUAAACCAAAGAUAGUAAAAUCUUUUGGAAAGAUAGCCAUCUUGCAUUCAACGAUAAAUAAACCAUUGAGAAUUGCGAAGAAAGUAAAUCCUCUGAUCGAGGAAAACUUUGGAGAUCUAUUAGUUUGAAUUAGAAGAUGCUGAAAUCUAUCAUUUAACAUUAGGAGUAACAGACAUAUAAAGAUGAUAGCAAUUUGGAAUUGAUCCCACUUUAAGUAAAAUAAGACACUGACAAACGAGAAUCUCCAUAUAAUAAAAACUAGAGAUACUUAUUUUCUUAAAACCACAAUGAUAGAAAAUCAUUCAUAAAUUGCCUGCAGACAUUCAGUCCCAUGAGAAUGAAUAAUAAUGACCCAAAGAAGCUAAUGAUCUCAUUUAUUAGGCCAAGCAAUUUAGAUUAUAAAUCCUUAUCACCGGUUAGAUCUCCUGUGAGAGCAGAUAGCACAAGAUCUAUAAACGUUUAAUAAAUAAUUGAUUAAAUAAAUGCUAAGAACUCUGCUUAGCUAUCAAAGCAUCCUAUAAACACAUAAUCUACAAGAGACUUAAAGUUUUAUCUUGAGAAUGAAUUUAAUGUACCAUAAGCAGCAGCCUUGAAAAAGUAGACUUAAUCUCUCUUAACUCAUACGAGAGAUUUUGAUUUGAAAAAAAAGAAGCUAAGAAUUAAAAAAGUUUAACAGACUUUAAAAACAUAGCAACCGAUUUCUCAAUUUCAAAAGUCAAGUUCAACCACCAAUCUAAAUCCAAACAGUAAUAAUUUGUUGUAAAUUAAGAUAUCCAAGCAACUAUUGCCAGGCUCUAAUAUGUAUAAUGAAAAAGAAAUUAGAGCUUGA